AUGGUCGCCAAGCAAACGGAGCUUAAAAACAAUUUCAAGGGCGAGCUGCACUAUCUGCGGGUGAACCUCAUGUCAUUCUCGCUUAAGGCCAUGAAAGCGUUGUUUGCCGAAACGUUUAACCUUGCGCCCGAAGGCUUUGUGGUGCAGUACAUGGACGUGGAGGGUGACUCACUGAACGUUACGUGGCAGGUCAAGUACGAGGAGGCGUGUCGCAUUUCUUCGCCAGCUACGUCCAGCGCCACGUCUGUGCGCCUUAGAUCCGUAGCCUGCUCAGCGGUCGCGUUCAAAGAUAAGUUGUCGGCACCGAUUUUUAAGUUUAUUGAGAAUCCCGUGAAGACUCUGAAUAGAGCCAUCAUUAGGGUCAAGCACGGGUAUGGUCGACAAGGUGCAGUAGACGGCGCAGACAAGGUUGACCAGACGAACGAGGCACUCAAGACGGUUGUCCUGGACACCUGA